UCACUGAUGAUAUUCUUUGAAUCAUGUUUCAGAUUAAAAUGCCAAAGAGGAGCAAAGAGAAGCCGGUGAAGAGACGGAGCAGCGAGGAGGAGCUGCUCCCUAAACAGAGCAGGGUCGAGCACAGCCCCACCCGCUCCCCCCUGAGCUUCCUCAGCCCCAGCAGCCUGUUUGAGAGCCUCAUCCAGCCCAUGGGGCCGGAGCAGUUCUUCAGCGAGUACUGGGAGAAGAAGCCCCUCCACCUGCAGAGGUCUGACCCCACCACAGCCCCCUACUACCAGUCUCUGUUCCAGCUCUCCGACCUGCAGAGCCUCUGUUCCAACGACCUCGAAUACUACACGGACGUCAACGUGGUUCGCUGCAUCAACGGCAAGAAAAAAGAUCUCAACAAGCAGGGGAAAGUUAAGAGCAGCGUCCUCAACAAGAGCUUUACUCAGAAUAAGGCCACCAUCCAGUUCCACCAGCCGCAGAGGUUCAAGGAUGAGCUGUGGAAGAUUCAGGAGAAGCUGGAGUGUUUCUUCGGAGGCUUGGUGGGAUCAAACGUCUACAUCACACCUCAGGAGUCACAGGGCCUCCCAGCUCACUAUGAUGACGUUGAGGUGUUCAUCCUGCAGCUGGAGGGACAGAAGAACUGGCUCCUCUACAACCCCACCGUUCCUCUGGCAGCAGAGUACUGCGUGGAGUCAGAGGAGAGGAUCGGCAGCCCCUCACAUGAAAUUACACUGAAGGCAGGAGAUCUUCUGUACUUCCCCAGAGGAACCAUCCAUCAGGCCAGCACACCAGCGGGGGGGGGGCACUCCACCCACCUGACCCUCAGCACCUAUCAGAGAAUGUCGUGGGGAGAUCUGCUGCUGGACGUGUUUCCCAGUGUGCUGUCGGACCGCAGCAAGAGGGAAGUCAGCCUGAGAGGAGGGAUGCCCAGAAGAUUCUUACUGGUAAAACUGAUGGGUUUCCGCUAG